AUGAAGUCGUUUAGUAAAAAUAUUUUAUUUGCAAUUACAUUGCUUCUCUCAGCUCUCUCGACAGCUAUUGCUGCUUCUGUUCCAUAUUUCUCAGAUGUCCAAAUAUUGGAUAGUUAUACCGAAACUACAGAUUGUACAGAUUUAGAUCACUGGUUUAUAAUACAACCUACUAUUACUAUUCCUGCACAAAGUGAAACUUCCGAAAUUCAAAUCACUAUUCCAUUGGCUUUCGAGUCCUAUUCUUCCGGUUCAUUCGAUUUAUUAUAUGGUUCGACUACCAUUGGUACUGUUAAUAUCGUUGAUGGUUCAAACACUUUCACCGUUUCAUUCAAUUCUUAUGUAACUAGUUUACAAAAUGAAAUUACAACAAAUUUCAACGUUUUGGCUAAAUUCUCAGAUAGUGCUAAAGAAUUAGUUAAUAAACCAAUGUCUUUAUCAUAUGCAGUUAAUGCUACCGAUGAUAAAACAUUUACUCCAACUAUUAAUUUUGUCGGUACUGAUUUGACUUCUAUUACAACUGAUGGUGGUGUGUAUGACUCAAACAAUACUGCUUGGUUUGUCAUUAACAUCCCUAUUUCUAUGUUAGAUGGUGCUGUUUCUAUCAAUGUUGCCCCAACUGGUUCCAAUUCUUUCUAUUAUGAAUACUUAGAAACUACUUUUGAAGUAGUCACUGCUGUAGAUGCCUUUAACAACCCUCUCUCUUCCGUUCCAUUCACAGCAGUUAAGGAUCAAUCAACUACUGCUGCUCUAACCUUCAAUAUUACUUCUAAUGUUAGUGGUGGUAAGUAUCUACGUAUUUCUUACUCCACUGGCCCAUUAAUUUAUGAUGCCAUUACCAAUGAGGUUACUAUCAAUGAUAACACGGUUUUUGACUCUACAGUUUACACCAGUUCUAUGACUAAUGUCGAAUUAAACAGUGCUUCCAGUGCAUUAAAUCUUGAUAUUGGUUUAAUUAGUUCCAAUAGAACCACAUCAUCUGUCCUAUCCAAAGCCAUCUCUUCCCAAACUAGUCCAGCAGCUUCCUCUGAAACUACAUUAGCUACUUCAGAAUCUACUGAAUUUGAAAGUUCUCAAUUACAACCAGUCGCUGCAUCUGAAACUUUAGAUUCUUUAUUUGAAGAAGGAUCAUCCGAUGAUACUAACAAUAGCACUUCUUCCUUUAUCGUCUCUACAGUCUCUAAAGCUCCAACUUCUUUACCAACUACCGUUGAAACUAGCUCAUUGAUCGUUAACUCAACCUCCAGCUCAGUUACUGCUACUUCUUCCACCACUCAAUCUGACAGUAAUGCAGUUUCAAUUAUUUCUAGUUCAACAUCUCCAGAUACUACCAGCGCUUCUACAGUUUCCCCAGUUGUCGGAGAACUCUCUACCAAUAAGACAUUGGUUUCAUUUUCUGCUUCAAGUCAAGAAACUUCCACUACAAGUGCAUUAGAUCUUGGUUCAAACAUGACUAUUUCUACAGCCUACAGUAAUGCCUCUGCCACCACUUCUGGUAAUGACACCUACGAAACAUAUACGGUACUAAAGUCAACCAGUCCAGCAGAUGUUACUGAAAUUACCAAAUUAGUUCCUGUUGCUACCUUAUCUGGUUCUACUAUUUCGUCAGAAGUUGUCAUUACAUCUACAGUUACAUCCGACGAUAUCAAUGACGAAAGUAGAUUUAUUAACUCUACCUCCACUGUUAACACAAUUGCCAAUGCCACAGCUGUAACUUCUACAAAAUUGUCAACUAAGGUUAUAACUACAACCUCGUGCUCCAAUAAUCUAUGUGUCUUAGCUACUAGUACUGUAGUAAGUGAAGGUUACGUAGUUACUACUGAGUCCUGUAGUGAAGAUGCCACUGUUUUAACCAAUUUAGUUGCUGUCUCAACCUUACCAUGUACUAGUUGUAUCAAAUCUGAGACUAUCAAGAGUAAAGGUUAUGUCGUCAAUACUGAAUCCUUAGGCGCUGAAGCUACCAUAAAGACUAAAUUAAUUCCUGUUGCUACUUUAUCCAGUUCCACCACGCAUGCUCCAGUUGUUCACAAGACCACUACUUUAACUGCUUCUGUCGAUGAAACUGUUGUUUCUUAUACUACCGAAUCAUGUAGUACCACAACUCUGCAACCAGAAGUUUCCGUCGAAGCCGGUUAUAUCAAAAGUACAGAAACCCAAAGUGCAUCUGUCACUUCUUACUUGGAUUUCUUAGGUGAAUCUUCAAUCACAAAAUCGGAACCAACUAGCUCUACUGUUCAAGUAUUAGUUCAAAGUACGACAUCAUCUUCUGAAUCUUCAAUUUUUUCAAUUUCAUACUAUGAGGCUGGUUCCACACAUCUAAGCAUUGGUUUAGGUAGUUUCAUUAUCGGUAUCGUUACUUUAUUCAUUUAG